AUGAGUGAUAGUGGAGAGGAACUUAGUCUAUUACCCAAACUCAAAUUUAAAAAGAAGAAAACUAAACGAGCUACACAAAAUGGGUUAAGUAAUGGCCUUACAAAGAAGAAAAAGAUCGUGAUGUUAGAUUUUCAGGAUGAUGAAGAUGAAGAUAAAGUAGUGCCCAAGAAACACCAUUCCGAUGAGAAUUAUCCAACAUCCAACAAACACACUUUAGAUGAGGUGAAUUCGUAUUCUAAACAAAACAGUAUUCCGAAAAAACCAAAACUACAACAACUUGCAGAGAGGGAAAGGCAGCGACAGGAAAGGCAUGCAACUGCAAAUGACAAUACUGAUGCUAUAGAUGAAGUUAGCGAUGCUGAAGAUAAUUUGGAACAGGAUAGAGAUUGGUACGCUGGCGAUGAUCUAGGUCAUACUUUUGGAGAUGAAUCGCACAAUCCGUUUGGGCUUGGACUUGAGAAUCAAAUAUAUGAUGAGGAAAAAGAAGUAAGAAUGAAAAUGAAUGCCGUCAAGAGAAUGUCAUCAGAAAAGAAAUCACGAAGCGAAGCUAACGACCUCUGGGAAAAUAAUCGAAUGUUGAACUCGGGUGCCAUGAAACGAAAAUUGAUUGAUCUAGAUUUUAACUCAGAUUUGAGAGAUAGUUAUUCUGAAAUUCUUGUCCAUUAUAAUACCCCGGAUUUCUUGGCCAAUGAGGAGAUCCAGCUCAAUGCCAAAAAGGGCCCAGUUUCUCCAUUUAGAGACCCAGAGAGUGAUAUGGCAGUAUUUUCCAGAAAGGGUAGUGCAUUGGUCAAAGAAAGAAUGCAAUCCAAAGAAAAGAAGAAACAGGCAAGAGAUGCUACUAGCAUUUCAGGAACUGCGCUCAGCCAUAUAAUUGGACUGAAUGAUAGUGAUGGCGGCGCUAAUGAACUGGACGACGAAGGAGACAUUGAAAAUAACAAUAAGUUCAUUAACAGCUUGAAAAAUAUGGAAGAUGAAGAUCUUAAGGAUAGUGAAAGUAGUGAUUUUGCCAAAAAUUUGACUCUCAAGGAACAGAGGAGGUUUCUACCAGCAUUCACAGUGCGUGAUAAACUACUUCUGGUCAUCGAUGAAAAUCAGCUCAUUGUUGUGAUUGGUGAAACUGGUUCUGGUAAAACUACACAACUUACACAAUAUUUGUACGAACAUGGCUAUGGUAAGUGGGGAAUGAUUGGUUGUACACAACCCAGAAGAGUGGCAGCAAUGUCUGUGGCGAAGAGAGUUAGUGAGGAAAUGGAAUGUGAACUAGGAACGAAGGUAGGGUUUUCCAUUAGAUUUGAAGAUUUCACCAGUGAUGAAACUGUGAUCCGUUAUAUGACAGAUGGUAUCUUGUUGAAAGAAACUUUGACUGAUCCAACGUUGAGCAAGUAUAGUUGCAUAAUUAUUGAUGAAGCCCAUGAGCGAACAUUGAACACUGAUAUAUUACUUGGCUUAUUCAAAGAUAUUUUAUCUAGAAGAAUGGACUUGAAAAUCAUUAUAACCUCAGCCACUAUGAACGCAGACAAAUUUUCAGCAUUUUAUGGCAAUGCCCCCCAGUUUACAAUUCCUGGUAGAACCUUCCCUGUGGAUAUUUUUUACUCGAGAAGUACUCCUGAAGACUAUAUCGAAAGUUGUGUGAAAACCUGUUUAACUAUUCACUUGACCAGGGGCCCUGGUGACAUAUUGGUGUUUUUAACUGGUAAGAUGGACAUUGAUACUUGCUGUGAAGUAUUGGAUGAAAAGUUCAAGGAAUUGGUGGGUAAAGAAAAUGACAAGGAUGGAGUUGGAGAAAUUCCUGCUUAUCAAAUUUUGCCAAUCUAUUCCCAAAUGCCAGCUGAUUUGCAAACUAAGGUAUUUAAUCGUGCCAAAAAAGGGGUUAGAAAAGUGGUUGUUGCCACCAAUAUUGCUGAAACUUCAUUGACUAUUGAUAAUAUUAAGUAUGUGGUUGAUGCAGGGUACUAUAAAAUCAAAAUAUUCAAUAGUAAAAUGGGUAUGGAUACUUUACAAGUGGCGCCAAUUUCACUUGCCAAUGCCAAUCAAAGAUCAGGUAGAGCUGGUAGAACUGCUCCGGGGGUUGCGUAUAGACUCUACACCGAAUCAGCAGCUAAACAUGAGCUAUACAAAGAAACUAUUCCGGAAAUUCAAAGAACAAAUCUUGCCAACACAUUGUUGAUGUUGAAGUCUCUUCAGGUGAAUGAUAUCAAGAAAUUCCCUUUCUUGGAUGCCCCGCCAGAUGUGACAAUCAUUGGAUCACUAUAUGAACUUUGGAGUAUGGGAGCUUUGAAUAAUCAGGGAGAAUUAACGGAACUUGGCAGGAAGAUGGUAAAAUUCCCAAUGGAACCAUCGUUAUCCAAACUUUUGAUCAAUAGCAUUGAGCUCGGGUGCUCAGAAGAGAUGAUUACUAUCGUAUCAAUGCUUUCGGUACCCAAUGUUUUUUAUCGUCCAAAGGAGCGUCAAGACGAAUCAGAUGCAAUCAGAGAAAAGUUCUUUGUUCCGGAAUCUGAUCAUUUGACAUUGCUCAAUGUUUAUUCUCAAUGGAAGGCCAACAAUUACUCUAGCCACUGGUGUACUAAACAUUUCCUUCACUCUAAGUCACUUAGAAGAGCUAAAGAUAUUCGCUCUCAGCUUACAAUAAUCAUGAACCAACAAAAGUUAGAAAUUAGAUCUGUGGGAACUGAUUGGGAUAAUAUCCGAAAAUGUAUUUGCUCCGGGUAUUUCCAUCAAGCAGCAAAAGCCAAAGCAUUUGGUCGCUACACCAACUUGAAAACAGGGCUUGAAUUAAACCUACAUCCUACCAGUUCAUUAUUUGGACUAGGUGACUUACCAAAGUACGUGAUUUAUCAUGAAUUGAUUUUGACUACGAAGGAGUACAUGAGUUAUGUGACGGAAGUUGAUGCUCAGUGGCUAGCGGAAUAUGGCAAUGCAUUCUACACACUCCAUACCAAGGAAUUUGAGCAAGUUGGCGCAAACACCAUUUGGGAUGCAAAGUAA